CGAACCUCCAACCACCACAGCAUUACGCACACCCAUUGACUACGCCAUUCCCAGCAUUCCCCUCUCCCUUCCCACCGCCAUGUCCUCCGCCAAACGCAUCGAACAAUGGGAAAUCGACCGCUACUGGGAGAUCUUCGCCUCCCUCUCCAACGGCGGCAGUCACCUCAACGGCACGCAAGCCGCCUCGGUCCUCAAAAACUCGCGCCUGCGCGAUGACCAGCUCGAGAAGAUCUGGGACCUGGCGGACGUCGACAGCGACGGCCAGCUGGACUUUGAGGAGUUCUGCGUCGCCAUGCGCCUCAUCUACGACCUCAUGAACGGCGAGUACGGCGACGUGCCCGCCUCGCUGCCGGACUGGAUGGUGCCGGAAAGCAAAGCACACCUUAUUCAAGCGACGCGCGCGUUGUCCGGGCAAGGCACACGGUUUGAGAACCCGGCGGACGACUUUGAUGACGACGGCGGAAGCAGUGGGCUCCGCGACGGCUUCGACUGGUACAUGUCGCCCAGCGACCGCAGCAAGUACGAGGAAAUCUACACGGCGAACCGCAACUCGCGCUCCGGCUUGAUUGCGUACAACAGCCUGCAAGACCUGUACGACAGCCUUGACGUCCCGGACACAGACGUGCACAAUGCGUGGAAUCUCGUCAACCCGAAGAGCGAAGAGGGCAUCAACAAAGACGCCUGCCUCGCCUUCCUGCACAUCCUCAACAACCGCCACGAAGGCUACCGCAUCCCGCGCUCCGUCCCGCCGUCUCUGCGCGCCACCUUCGAGCAAGGCCAAAUCUCCUACGAUCUAGAUCGGAACAGCAAUCUCCAGAGCGCCGCGGAUAGAUGGGGCACACGGCGAGACGACAGCACGGCCAGCGGACGGAAAGCAAAGUUCGGCGACUCCUACCUCUCUCGUCUGGGCGUGGGGGAGCGCAAACCGAAAGGCACGGAUUUCAGCAGCACGCCGAGAGACGCGGAGUGGGAGGAGGUGCGGCUCAAGAAGCAACUGAAAGAGCUGGAAGACAAGACGGCGAAGGUCGAGGCCGCGGCACAAAAGAGGCGGGACCGUGGUGGGAGGCGAGACGAUUCCAAGCCUGCGUUGGUGAAGCGCGAGCUGGAACUCAUGCUGGACUACAAGCGGCGGGAGCUGAAGGAUUUACAGUUGGGCGAGGGGAAGGCGAAGACGGGACAGGGGCUGCGAGAGGCGGCGGAGGAGAUUGCUACGGUGCGGGAGCAAGUGGACGGGUUGCAGGAGCAUUUGCGGAAGCGUGAAGGCGUGUUGCAGGAUCUGCGGAGUCAGAUUGAGGCGGAGAAGGGGGCGGCGCGGUAGAAUGUCGUGCCCUGAUAUAGAUCGAGCAUUUAAUCAUGCAUUUGAGCGAAUGCUUUUUCCUUCCCUGGGGAUAUCAUUCCAACGACCGUUCCUUCG